CGUACGACGACAGCAAUCGUGCACAAUGCGGCCAAACGGUAAAAGAUUUGAUGUUAAAUAUGAUAGCCAAGUGUAAGAGGGAUUUUGAUCUCUGCCCAGCCUCCGGUGCACAACCAAAUCAAGCCAAUGUUUCUUUUUGCGGUGUUUUAGUAGUUGUGCCCCGCGAUCCGAUAAGAUAAGAGCUCCUGGAGUCGGACUUCAAAUGGGUGGUGCUGUUUCGAUCAACCUCGUCCGAUGCAAUUCUUGAAAUCGUGUCUUUGGGGGGCUCUUCCACGCGGGAAAUCAGGAAAAUGAAAUAAACUCCCAGUCUCUUCGAUUCCUCCUCAGAACCCCGCGCCCUCUUGACUAGAACCUUGUUCCCCGCCAGGCAAGGCCGCCUGGAGCAUGCCCAUUCCCAGCAUCAACUUUUCCGCUCGGCCCUUUUCUGCCCUUUUCCAUCCAUUCCCAACACUUCUUGCCUUCGUUCUCCUUUCGAUCCCCGUCGGUCUGCUCUUUCGGAGCCAGCGGACUUUGUCGCCCGCCGCGGAUUCUAAUUCACGCAAGGGUUCCGCACCAUCCAAAAUGGCCGUGAAAAAAAAGAUCGCCAUCAUGACCUCGGGCGGGGAUUCGCCGGGCAUGAACGGUGUGGUGCGGGCCUGUGUCCGCAUGGCCAUCCACAUGGGUUGCGACGCCUAUUGCAUCUACGAGGGUUAUGAAGGCUUAGUGCGAGGUGGUGACCUGAUACGAAAGAUGGAGUGGCACGACGUCCGUGGUUGGCUGUCCGAGGGCGGUACCUUGAUCGGCACCGCCCGGUGCAUGGCCUUCUUCGAGCGCGCCGGCCGCCUGGCCGCGGCCAGGAAUUUGAUUAGUCAAGGCAUUGACGCACUUAUCAUCUGCGGGGGUGACGGCUCGCUCACCGGAGCUGACAGGUUCCGCGCCGAAUGGCCUUCGCUGAUAGAAGAGCUUCAGGCUAGCGGCGAGUUCACCGCCGAAACUCUCGAGCACUACAAGCACCUCAACAUCGUCGGCCUCGUUGGAUCCAUUGACAACGAUCUAUCUGGCACAGAUGCCACUAUCGGAUGCUACUCGGCGCUCGCGAGGAUCUGCCAUGCCGUGGAUCUCAUCGAGGCCACUGCAUCGUCCCAUUCACGUGCCUUUGUCAUUGAGGUCAUGGGCAGGCAUUGCGGCUGGCUGGCGUUGAUGGCCGGGGUUGCGACUGGCGCUGAUUUCAUCUUCAUCCCGGAGAAGCCUAGGGAGGACAACUGGAGAGAAGAGAUGUGCGGCAUUGUCGACCAUCACCGGAAACUCGGAAAGCGCAAAACCAUAGUGAUCAUUGCCGAAGGCGCGCUUGACAGACAGGGGAAUAAGAUUACGCCCGAUAUGAUUAGAGACCUAUUGGCUGACAAGAAUGGUCUCGGUCUCGACACCAGAAUCACAACGCUGGGUCAUGUUCAACGAGGAGGAACGGCCGUGGCCUAUGACCGAAUGCUCGCAACCCUGCAAGGCGUCGAGGCCGUCAAAGCCGUCUUGGACGCCACGCCUGAAACACCGACAUGCGUCAUCGCUAUCACCGAGAACAAGAUUGUGCGGAAGCCACUCAUGCAAGCAGUGCAAGACACGAAAAAGGUGGCCCGGGCGAUUGAGCGGCAGGAUUUUGACGAGGCCAUGUCGCUACGCGAUGCCGAGUUCUCGGAGCAGUACCGGUCGUUCAUGAUGACUACCGCAGUCCAGAUGAACGAGCACCUGAUGCUUCCGGAAAAGGAGCGAAUGAAAAUUGGUUUUAUCAACGUUGGUGCCCCGGCUGGCGGCAUGAACGCCGCAGUCAGGGCCGGUGUGGCGUACUGCCUAUCCCGGGGACACGAACCAGUCGCCAUCUACAACGGCUUCGCCGGGUUUGCACGACAUCACGGAGACAAGCCCCUGGGCGCGGUCCGGGACUUUGACUGGUUGGAGGUUGAUGGUUGGGCAAGCAAGGGGGGCUCGGAGAUCGGGACCAACCGAGAGCUCCCGAGCGAAUCGGGCAUGGAGACCAUCGCAAAUCUAAUCGAACAGUACAAAUUCGAUGCCUUAUUUCUCAUUGGAGGGUUCGAGGCUUUCCACGCCGUUUGCCAGCUGCGGAAGGCUAGAGACCAGUAUCCGUCGUUGUGCAUCCCAAUGACGCUGCUGCCUGCCACUAUCUCCAACAAUGUCCCCGGCACCGAGUACUCACUCGGCUCCGAUACUUGCCUCAAUGAGCUGGUCGAAUACUGUGACAAAAUCAAGCAAUCGGCAUCCGCAACCCGGCGGCGUGUCUUUGUCAUUGAGACUCAGGGUGGGCGCUCCGGUUACGUCGCAACCUUGGGUGGUCUCGGCGUCGGCGCUUCGGCAGUUUACACCCCGGAAGAGGGCAUCAGCCUCGAGAUGCUUGCGGCAGAUGUGCAGCAUCUCAAAUCGGUGUUUGCGCAAGAUAAGGGCCAGAGCCGCGCCGGCCGGCUGAUUCUGAUCAACGAGAAGGCCUCCAGGGUCUAUACCGCGAAGCUGAUAGCCGAUAUCCUCCGUGACGAGGCGCAUGGGAGGUUUGAGAGCCGCGAGGGGAUUCCGGGUCACAUGCAGCAGGGCGGUGUCCCCUCACCCAUGGACCGCUGCCGCGCCGUGCGCCUGGCCAUUCGGUGCAUUCAACACUUGGAGCAGUUUGGCCGGAAUGUGCACAAUAGGGUUAAAACGGACCCCAUGAGCGCUACCGUCAUCGGCAUCAAGGGCGCCAGCGUCGUAUUUACGCCCGUCCAGAAGCUUGAGGAGGAUGAGACUGACUGGCCUAAUCGGCGUCCCAAGGCGGCGUUUUGGCGGGACAUGAAGGAGAUUGUGGAUAUCCUUGGGGGACGGCCGCAGUACCAUCACCCUGAGCCUGACCUGACGGGACUCAAAGCGAAGGACGUAAAGCGUGGAAUUGAGAGCUAUUGAAGCCUCUGAGCUUUGGGUUUGCGACUUGACUUGGGCUAUCGUUGAGUGAUUGGGUUGGGGAUAUCUCGGUCUCCGGGAGGAUUGGGCUUGUUCUUGAAACCCACGACGCUCCUCACUUCCAUGUUAUUUACAGAUAGGCGAUGCUAGCUAGAGGGCAAUACUGUCGGGAUAAACGGAUACAGGACGAAUAUCAUCCUGCGCAAGUCACGUACUGGACGGGCAUGACAUUGUGGGGAUGUGUGAGAUAGGGAAGCUGAAAGCUGAACCGGCUGAAAAUGGGGCGAGGGUUAUGAUUCGUCGCAUUCGCAGUGAUGCUGCCUAGCCGUUGACAUGACGCUGUGACCGGAGGUUUACAGUACACUAGCAGCGUAUGGGGGAAUAGUGGUGUAGAUCUGUUAAGGCACGGUGAUGCCCUCAUUGUCCCUAUCCAUGUAAGCUGA